CAACUGCAGAGGACAAUUCAUACCGUCAUAAACGCCGUCAUCUUUCACUGAGUUCCGUACUAAACAUAAACUACCUGCAGCUCAGGCGUCUAAUUGCGUAGAAUCUGCAGCCGACUUGACUAAGCCAGAUAUGCCACCUACGCAGGGCGCACGGCGCCGCCAUCGGACGUUCACUGUAUGUACGCAUGAGAACUCACGAGGUCUAAACAGCUCAUCAUCGUGAUACAGGGCUGCUGGAAAUGUCGAUCACGUAAAGUGAAGUGUGACGAGACACGUCCGUGGUGUCUCAAUUGUCGACGCAUCGGCAUUCAGUGCUCUGGCUACGAUUCGAAGAUUGUAUGGAUGGAACAAAACAAAUCAAAGCCUUUUCAAACCGAUGGGCGGCGUAUUUUGCGUAGCGGUAUGUAAUGUUAAUCUCUCCGGGCUAUCUUCAUGAUAAUUAACAUGGGCAGGGUUUGAAACUUUAUCUAGCGAACAUUUGGACCUCCUGAUAUUGUCUUGCGACGAGAACCCUUGUCACGCCCAACCCUACAUCCAUCGUGAGCAAUCAUCUUGGACGCCCGAAUGUCAUAACCCAUUCUCAGUGUUUUCAUCGAGGCCUGAGAUUUCAACGCCAUUGAGAAGCUCCCUUAAUCCAACGCUUUUGGAGGAGUUCAAACCUCGACCGCAAAGCCAUGAUUCAAUCACGGGUCCGCUCCAGGACGAGCGUUUCUUAUUCCAUCACUACGUCACCCACGUAGCUUUCAUAAUGCUCCCAUACGAACAUCCCUAUAAUCCAUGGCAAUGCUAUUGGGCCACUGCCGCUUUACAACUUGCAUUAUCAGGCCAGAAAGUCCUGUAUAGGGCCAUACUAGCCCAUUCAGCUUUCAACAUCGCCCAUUUGCUUGGAAACGAUGCCAAGAUGGCUAACAUUGCGCUACGGUACUACAAUGCGGCACUGUCGCAUCUAACACAUGAUUUGGUGCAUAGCAAGACCGACUCCUCGGCUAUGCUAGCUUCUAUCAUGAGCUUGAUGUUUGCUGAGGCCUACCGCGGUCAUUCCACAGACUGGAAACACCACUUACGGGGAGCAAGGACGCUUCUUUGGUCGUACGGUGAGGCCUACCCCUGGAUCUUGUCAGACUUGGCUCGUUCUUCCCUAGAAAGCCUCGGCGUGAUAGAGAUCAUCGCCGGAUCCUCUACAUGGUCCAAUCGCUCUGAUUUCGAGGCUAAUCGUCAGUCACCUGACGCUGGGAACCCGGAUCCUUUGGCGAUGUUGUCCACACCUGAUUUCAUCUUCACUAUCGGGGCGCCACGCUGCAUUUUGGAAUGCAUCUCCAAAAUCACGAACUUUAGCCAAGCACCACUUGGUGACAUAUCUCGGACAACGAGCAAUGAGCUUCUCCACGAAGUCCUCUCAUGUCUCAAUUCAGUCCAAAGUAGCAGCAGUUUCAUUCCCAACAAUCCUCCAGAGGCCAAGCAUCAAGCAAAAGCAUUCAUAUCUGCGACUUAUAUUUACUGCUACCGAACAUUGCUUGAUGUACCCCCUCACGCCAUUCAACACCAUGUCCACGAUACCUUGGGUCACGUGUCAGCCUUUCUCGCCAACAGUACUGGGAACUUUUCUGCAUGGCCAGCCUUCAUCGCCGCAGCCGAGGCAUACACACAGGAAGAUUUGGCGACAGCGCAAGAGUGGGUUAAUUGGGCAACAUCGGUAGGCAUAGGAAGCCGAACUUCGAUAAAAGUUGUCCUUUAUGAAAUAUGGCGAAGACGCGAGGUAAUCAGCCAACAAAGUGGUUUGGAUCCUGGAAAGGUUAUCAUGGAUUGGAAACAGAUCAUGCAUGAGCUUGAAUUUGAUAGUCUACUUAUAUGAUGCUCUGUACUAGCAAAUUGUGCC